GUUUACCUAUCCACAUUUUAGGCAAUGACGGGAUCAAUUGACUGAAAUAUGACUGUCGGGUGGGAAACGUUGGAUGUUGGAGAACAGGCAUUGGUGUUUAAUCAUGAGGGAUCAGCAAGAAUAGAGGAUGGACCUAAGAGGUUGUUUCUAUGGAGAGAGAGGUUUCAAAGAUUGACACGACAUGCUGCUGAUCAGAAACAGUUCCUAGUGAUUGCCUACAAGGAUGGACGUGUAGAGCACAAAAAGGGGCCAUGUGUUAUGUUCAAGAAUCCAAUAGCACACAAUUCCAUCACCAUAAAGAACAUGAGAUCGCUGGAUGCCAACGAAGCCCUGGUCGUCUACAAGAAGGAGGAGUUAACGAAAGAAGUGACCAGAUACAUACAAUUUGGUCCGACACUUUUCACCCCUCAGGCUAAUGAAUGGUUACACGAGUUUUCCUGGCACGGCACAGAUCCUGGUAACAAAACAAGGGUGAUACCAGGCAUUCAGAAAUUUGAUGUUCUCAAAGUCAUCCCAGAUCAGCUUUAUUACAAUGUAGAUGAAGUUAGACUGAAGGAUGAUGCUGCAAUUAAAGUGAAACUCAUGCUGUGUUUUGAGCUGAAUGACAUAGAUACUAUGUUGAAUGCCACUAAAGAUCCAAUCGCAGACUUUAUCAACUGUGUUUGUGCAGACGUAGUCGCAUUUGGAUCACUGUAUACCUAUAUAGAAUUCAUGGAAAAGGCUGGAGAAUUGAAUAAGCUGGACAAUUACCCACAGUUGAUGGAGAGGAGUAAGGCGAUUGGCUACACCAUCACCAAGGUGAUAUACCGUGGUUACCAUGCCCACUCAAAACUUCAGCAACUCCAUGAUAAUGCUGUAGAGACAAGGACCAACCUUAAAAUCAAUUAUGAGAAAGAGGAACAGAAUCAAGUCCUAAUAGACAUGAAGCUGGAGAGUGAGAAAUCACGAAAAGAACUUGAACAAAAACUACAGGUAGAUGCCUUGAAACACAAGUUUACGAUGCAGAAGGCUGAGGUUCAGCACAGACUAGCUCUAGAGUUUGCUGAGGCGGAGGAGAGCAAUAGACAAUGGAUUGCAGACCAGGAAGGUUACCUACAGGCUCAGGUAGCUGAGCAUGAGCUAACCAGUGACCAUUACAACAGGCUGAAGGGAGUGGGAGUCAACUUGAAUACUUACUCCAAAAGUUUGAGCGGACGGCCAGAAAAAGUUGUCAAAAUAAUAGCAGAUAAAAAUGCUGCAAAUUUCCAUCUUCACCACAGCUGAAAGAACUGCAAACUUUACAUCUCCAUCUCAGAUAUGGGAACUGCAUACUCCCGUCUUCGCCAAUGUUGUAAAUACUGGUAACUUCCAUCUUCACCCGAAACGAAAAUAAGGCAAAUAUCAAUCUUCACCACGGCUGACUAUACCACAAAUAACUAUCUUCAUCUCAGCUGAAAGUACUGCAAACUCAAAUCUUUGCUAUGGCUGGAAAUAAUGCAAACUUCAAUAUAUACCUAUACAAAAAUGAUUGCAAACUCUCAUUUUUGUCGCAAAUUAAAAUGAUCUUCUCCUAUGAUUUACGGAGUUGUCUCCCAUGUCAACAGUUUUCUCGUCAUCAUCUUCAAUGUUACAGUUCAUACACGUAGACCAUCUACACCGAAAAUGAAUGAUGGUGUGCUGUGUGUGUCUCUUAAAUGUGUCUGAUGUAUUCAGAAUAAUGAUUAAUGAUUUUAAUACUACAGAAUUAGAACUUCUAAAGUAUCAAAAUUAGCUGGGAGUUAUUGAAGGCUUUCAACAUCUAGUAUGAUGCUUAUAGCAUUACAUGACAAUGAAAAAGAAUUUGUUGGUGUUUGUUAGGAGAGACAAUAUAAUUCAUAAGCAUGGCUCCAUACCAGAUGUAGCUUUAUUGUCGGAUAAGCACAGUAUUUCCUAAAAUGAAUGAUUAUACAAUAAGAUACAUGUUGCUCAUCUUUAUACUUUGGUAUUAGCUACAAUGAAGUAGUGAAAUUUAACCGGCAAGUAUUUACUAUUUAGAGGUGGCAUUAGCCAAAUGUUUGUGUAGUACUUUUUACAACACUUCACUGGUGUAUCUGUUCAGAACUGGUUAUUGGGUAGUAGACAUGUCCUACACCUAUGUGGCAUUUAUAGAUUCAGGAACAUAAUUAGGAAUGUCAUGUCAUCUGUGAUACUGAUGUAUUUUAUAUAUUUUUACAAAUCUAUAUUUCAUCAAUCAAUUAUAAUAUAGUUUCUUUAUAUUUAAAAACUAUUUAUCAAUCGUAUUAUUAAUAUUCUAAAGUAUAAUCAGUGUGUAGCUAAUGACUUCCUUUGGAAUUGAAUCUUUGUAUACUAAUGUAUUUAAUUCAUGUCAUGUAACAUACUUGUUACAAGCACAGCUUGAACAUAUUUUGUGAUGGUUGACAUUUUCAGUGGUUAUGUGUUUAUUGAAAUAUUUAUUUUCUUUAUUGACUGAUUCAGAAUCUAGUCUUUCAAUUGAGAAAAAAAAUCAGCAAAGCUGGUAAACUUGCAUGUGUUUUACAGUGUGUCAUUUAAACUGAGAUGAAAUGUGGACCACCAAACAAAUAGGCUGAUUUCUAAAAUAAAUGAUUUUAUUGAAACUUUUGAAGCAAGCCAAUAGAUGUAAACCUAACUUAUCAAAAAAUUAAAUGUUUAUCUUUCUUUGUUUUGUUGAUGUUUUAAAAAAAAGUGAGAGAAGAAAAAUGGUGGAUUUGCAUCGUUUUCCUCUUUUGAUAUAGAAUUUGUAAUUUUCAAAAUGUCAGUUUUAUACAACAGAGCAGAUUUUGUUUCAGAUAUAUAACAUAAACUUUUUCUCCAUAUGCAAAAUUGAAUAUUGUUACCAAGAAGGGAUAAGAUAUAUACAACAUGCAAUUAAUGACAUCUUUUGAGUCACCUGUCUGGACCGGUUACUAUAUACACAGUUACCUCCCCUUGGUUUUUGUUGAGUAUGUGGGUACAGGUGGCUGGACAGGAUUGGCAGUGUUAUACAUAUAGAAAGUUAUAGAAAAUGUAUGGCUAUAAAAGUGUACUGAUGAAAAUUGUGCAAUUAAUGUUAAUGUUUAUAGAUGUUGCGUAUAAAUCCAUUAUUGUAAUAUACGUUGUACUUUUGUCGUUGAGAUUGAUAAAAAAUGUUUCAUAUAAAAUAAUAAAAUCACAUCGUUGU